AUGUCUUCUUAUUCGAAGGAUGCGACUCCAAAGGCACCGUUUACUCCUCAAUUGCUAAAUACGUUGGAGUCUCAGAUGAGUUUCAGAACAUUCAAGAUUGCGCACCAGAGAGUGGCGCUAGAUAUAGAUUUGAAGAGACAUUGCAUAAAAGGUGUCGCUGACAUCAUACUGAUUCCAUUGAUACAAAAUUUAGAGUAUAUCACACUGGAUUGUAAAAAUAUGAACGUUACAAAUGUUCUGAUCGAAAACAGGAGGUCUGACAGCUAUAUCCACGAUGAUCCCAUCCGGGAUGCCGAGGAGAAGUAUAAGAACAAAUCUUUUGAUGCAUUGCUUGAAUAUAACACGAUAGAGCAAUCUCAGUUCUUGAGAGGCAAAUUUGCAGACUUAAAUGAACGUUCCGAAGAGCAGACCAAGUCGCAAUUAAUAAUUAAAGUUCCACCAUCGAUCAAAAUUACACUACAAGACGCAAAUUUCCUGACAAAUUAUACACCAAUCACUCCGUCUGUACGAGUGACUCCAGCAGCAGAAGAGACUGUGUUUACCCCGUUAUCGAUUAAAGUGGAAUACGAAUUGAUGAACCCAACAACAGGUGUACGGUUCGACACACCUUCGGAACAGGAACCAUAUUUAUGGAACGCUUACACUGCUAAUUCGGAAAUAUGUUCAACUGCUUCAUAUUGGAUGCCAUGUGUAAAUUCUCUAGAUGAAAAAUCAACAUGGGAAAUAGAGAUUAGUGUACCAAGAAAAGUUAAAGAUAUAGGCGUUUCUAAAAUAAUAGGUCAAAACGAACCAGCUACUACAGAGAAAUCAUUACCAAAGAUUAAAAUUGUCUCCUCCGGCAACACACAUAUAAACGGUAAUAAUACCGAUACACUAGAUAACAAUACUAAAUCUAAUAAGAUGGAUGUUGACGAAAUAGAACAAAAUGAAUCAUCCAAUGUAAAAACUGACUUUAAUGGACCCAUUGGCGAAAAUAAAGAGAGCCAUCUAAGAGGUGGGGCAGAAGAAGAAGAAGAAGAAGAGGAGGAGGAGGAAGAGGAAGAAGAGGAAGAGGAACAUGAUAUUGAAAAUGACACAGGUAACCUAAUAAAUAGAGAUAUAAAAGUCUGUUGUUCAGAGUUUACGACUGCCAAAGAAGUCUCUCAUCCGACCGACCUCUCUAAAAAAUUAUUCACUUUCCAACUGUUUAACCCAGUUGCUCCUCAUCAUAUUGGAUGGGCUGUAGGUGCAUUUGAUAUUUGGGAAUUACCAAGAUUCUCUACAAGAGAUGAGAAUUAUGACGAAGAUCAAGAUGAUCAUGAUGAAACAAGAAAAACCAGUAAACAGAACAAUAAUGACGCAGAAGUACCAGAAAUAGAAGCGGAUAUUAUUCCAAUACAAAUUUAUACUUUACCGACACCAGAUAUAGAUUAUGAAACUAUUUUAAAUUCAAACAUGGUAGUACAGAAGGCAAUGGAUUUUUAUUCAAAGGAAUUUGGUUCAUUUCCAUUUACCUCAUAUUCCCUUAUAUACCUUCCCAGUUCUAUCGAUGAAACAAUGAAUUUUGCUAGUAUGACCAUUUGUAACACAAGGAUACUAUAUCCUCCAACUAUUUUAGACCAAAUCCAUCCUACUACAGAUCAUUUACUUUGGUCAUUGGCAAUGCAAUGGUCAAGUGUCAAUAUUACUCCCUUACAUAUUAAUGAUAUCUGGUGUAGUCUAGGUAUGGCAGGCUACAUGGUCUUCAAACUCUGGGAAGAAUUGUACGGUAGUAAUGAAUUUCAAUAUCGUUUGAGUAAAUGCAAAGAAACAGUAAUUGCCUUAGAUUGGGAAAAACCACCAAUUGGUUCCACAUUUGAUGGUGCUUCAAGACCAGUUUCAUUUACGAGUAAGGAUCUUGAUUUUAUCAAACUUAAGGCUCCUUUAGUUCUUUAUAUAUUGGACCGUCGAAUGAUAAAGACAGAACGUUCAUUUGGUUUGUCACGUAUAUUGCCAAAAAUAUUUUUGCAAGCAAUGUCUGGAGAUUUACCAAAUAAUUCUCUAUCGGCAGCACAUUUUCAACACGUUUGUGAACGUGUUAACAAAAGCAAAUUAGGAAAAUUCUUUCAGCAAUGGGUAUAUAGUUCUGGUGUACCAAUAUUUCGUGUUACUCAGAGAUUUAAUAAGAAAAGAAUGGUCAUAGAAAUGGGUAUUAGACAAGUGCAAGAGCAAAAAGUAAGUGGAAGUAAAAAUGGAGUUAAAGAGGGAUUUUCAUCUAGGGCAUUAAAUUAUAUUCAAGACUCUACAAGAGAAACUAUACCUCAUUUUACAGGUUCUAUGACCAUUAGAAUUCAUGAACCUGAUGGAACACCUUAUGAACAUAUUGUUGAAAUUAAAGAUGUUUUCACAAAAUUAGAUAUUCAAUACAACACAAAAUAUAGAAGAUCAAGAACCAAAAAACAAUCCUCCCUAAAGUUAGACAAAGAUGGUAAAACGGAACUAAAUGAACAACCAUCCCAAGUAGUAAAAUUCCCCAAUGUCAAUAUUCAAAAAUUUGGUACAGUUUUAUCCACUCAGUCAGACUGUGAAAGUUGGAACUUAGCUGAUCCGUCAUUGUCAUCAGAAGUUUUAGAAAUCCAAAGACAAAAUGAAGCAUUUCAAUGGAUCAGAAUUGAUUCAGAUCUCGAAUGGAUAUGUGAGCUUCAUAUAAACCAAUCGGAUUAUAUGUUUGCUGCACAAUUGCAACAAGAUGCUGAUAUAGAAGCACAAAUUCAAAGCAUACGUUAUUAUGAUGAUACAAUAGAACAAUCACAGGUAACAUCGUUAUUAUAUUCUUCCAUCUUGACGAGGACAGUGAUGGAUUCCCGGUAUUUCUAUGGUGUCCGUCUGGAAGCAUGUAGGGCUUUGACUAAAUAUAUUGUUCGUGAUCUACCAAAUAGGGUUUUCCCAGGUGGUCCAAGACAUUUAAUCAAAAUUUAUCAAGAAUUAUUCUGUUACAGUGAGUCAAAUAUUCCACUAAACAAUGAUUUCAGUGAUAUUAGAAAAUAUUAUCUUCAGAAAGCUAUCCCAGUAUAUCUAAGUGAAGUUGUCAGUGAGACAGAUGAAAGUCCAGAAUUUGUCAAAAAUUUCUUAUUAGAUAUUCUAACAUAUAACGAGAAUUCUGGAAAUAAUUACAACGAUAUUUAUUUCAUUUGUUAUUUAAUACAAGCGUUGGUUGAAUGUGCUACAAAGUCAGCUAAUGAUCGCUCUUUUAUUUCUAAAGUUUUAGAGCAAUUACAAAGAUACGAGAAUUUGGAUAAAUGGACGCCUUCUUAUCAACUCUUAUUGACAAAAACCAUUUUGGAAUCCAAAUUGACAUUGCAUAGAUAUGGGUUAUAUGAAUUCGAAGACUUGCAAGAAAUACUGAUGUAUACAUUAAGUCCUGUCGUAUUCAAUGUGAAAGAAAAUUGUGUGAGAUUCCGGGAAGGCCAAGAUAACAUUGUUUUGGAAUGCUUCAAGAUAAUGUUAAUCGAAGGUGGUUUAAAAAGUAGGGAAGCUUUGCAAUAUUUUUUCGAAACAUUAUUAUUUACACCAAAUGUUUAUAUUAAAGAUAAACUUGUCGAUGUUUUUAUUGAAGCAGUUGAUUAUAUUGCAGAACAUAAAUUGAUGGAUACUUUAAAUGAUGAUUUGAAUUACCUUACUAAACAAUUAGUGCCUGAAUACAACGAAUAUGAUGAGGAAGUUAAUAUUGAUGAAGUGUUUGGGGAAGACGAUGAUGACCACCCAAUUAUCCAAGAAGAUUUUGGGCAAGAAAUUCAACAAAGAAGAGAGCUGAAGUUGAGAUCUCACGUGGGUGGUGUGUUAUCAAUCUUAAGAAAACUUUUCGAAAAUUAUUCUCCUCUAAAACAGAUUCUUUGGAAAACAUUACAUGUUCCAACUUUGAGUUUAUAUCAACGAAAGAGACUAUUUGACAUUUCAAGAAUAUUAUAUCAAUUAGUUGAUAGGUUCGAAAUCCCAUUACCUAAACCUCCAAUGAAAAAGUUAAUUGCAGAGAAGAUAAGUAACAGUAAGAUUGUCAUCAAGAGAGAAGGUUCAUUGAAGUUGGUAAUAGCACCAAAAAAUACGACAAUUACUAAGCCAACAGUGACAAUAAACAUGAAGCCUACUAAAUUGAAAAUCAAUUUAACCAAAGGAACUAAAAUAAAGAAACCUACCGACGAUAAAAAGCAAAAACCUUUACCUAAAUUGAAAAUCAAACAGAAACCAGUGUCAAAACCAAAGGCUAAAGUUAAGAAAGGAACAACCAACAGGGUCGGUACACUGCCUAUCAGAUUUGUUAAGAUAUUUACUGGUGAAUCUAAAAGAGUAGAUAUUUCAUCUGUUCCAUUCACUAAACAUGUCAGGAUCAUGAAGGCAAACUCCAGGUCUCUAUCUGUCAAAAUUAUUCUUCCAAAGAAGGCGUCUCCACAGGAGACACAAUUGGAUGUACAGCCACCGCAAGAGAUACAGACGACUGAGACAAGCAUCAAACAAGAACAAACUGAAUCAACUGAACAACAUCAACAGAACGAAGCGGAAUUGACCCCAAAUAUUGCCUCUAUUUCAGAGGUUUCUUCAGAGGGGUCUCAGUCGUAA